GGAAGUUAGCUCUCCUUCCAUCGCGAUACGAUGCUGUUAAAAGUGUUUUAGAAUUUAUAUUAUAUCCGUGUUGUUCGAAUGCAUUUAAAUGGCACUUACUGAAAAAUGUUUCACUUACACGUGGAAAUUAGAAAAUGUCAGCUACUGUUUGCAAAAGAGGGGUGCAGUCAUAAAAAGUCCAGCAUUUGUGAUAAAUUCGAUUGACGAAACGAAAUGGAAGUUAGGCCUCUAUCCUAGAGGGAAGCAAUAUGGAAAUUACAUCGGUUUUUACCUUUACAGAGAGGGGGACAGCAAAGGACCAGAAUAUGUGGAAAUUAAAUAUGAACUAGAACUGGUCGCAGAAGGUAGUUCUAACCAAACACGAAAGGAAAAAUUUAAAUAUGUUUUUCCUAAAAGUCAUGGUCAUGGAUCUCAAAAAUUUGCUUUGCUAAAGUAUGUGUUCAUUGAGAAAAGAUCAUUAUUUCUUCCACAAGACACUCUCAUUGCUCGCUGCAAAAUAUGGAAGACCGUCGGAGAAAUGGCAGAACAUAUCCAGUGUCUUGCCCGCACCCGGAUAGGAGCCCAGAAAAAAUCCUUCGUGUGGAAUGUAAAAAAUUUCAGCUCUUUUGAAUCAGAGAAAAAGGAUACUUAUCAGAUCAAAUCAAUUGAGAACGAUGAGCCGUUAAUGUCAUUAUAUCUCUCUUUAAGUGGAGGAUUAAAUUCUGAAGAAAUAAUUCGUUUCGAACUCUGCCUUCACGAUCAGACCAUUCAGUUUUGCUCAUUAAGAUUAUCUAUUCUCAAUGCGUGUGGUAACAGAAUAGAGUGUAACCAAGAGGAGUUUUGGUUCGAUGGUCCAUCGAAGUCCAAAGAAUUUAAAUUCAUUUUCACGAAGAAUAAAUUGAUGGCAAUGCAAAGUUCCUAUCUAACCGACGACAUUUUAUCAUUGCAUUGGGAAUGGACCUUUUCUAAUGGAGUAAUUUCAGAAGACAUCCUGAACGUCGAAUAUUCAUGUAACAAUUCCGAGAACAAAUUUUCUAAUGCUGAAAACUUGAAUAAACAAAAGGCGUUGUCCUUAUCAUAUUCCUUGAACGACGGUUUGAAAUCUUUGUACGAUGAGAAUUUUCUAUGCGAUGUGAAAUUGAAGACCAAUACCGGCACAUUUCCAGCCCACAAGAUUAUUCUAAGCGCUUCUUCGUCUGUAUUUAAGGCAAUGUUUUCGAGCGACAUGAAAGAGAAAGACAGCAACUGCGUCCAUGUUGAAGAUUUGAGCGACGAUACUAUUCAUCGAAUGCUGAUCUACAUCUAUACCGCUCGUACGGAAGAUGUAACGUGGGAGAGUGCUUCUGAUUUAUAUGUGGCUGCCGAUAAAUACGCAAUCUUAAGUUUGAAGAGCAUAUGUUCUUCUUACAUGAAGGACAAUCUCUCACUAAACAACGCUUGUGACGCCCUGUUGCUGUCUGACUUUCACGCAGACGACGAUUUGAAAUCUGCUGUGCAGGAUUACAUAUUCAAAAAUGUUAAGGGCAUUAUAAACUCGGAUGGAUGGAAGCUUUUGAUGGAAGCUAAUGCGAAGCUUGCAGCUGAAACUUUAUGCCUCCUGCACAAAUAGAAUUUAAAGGUAUAAAUCUUCUGCCUUUUGUGUAGAGAAUGGAAUAUUUUUGUUCGAAAACUUAUUAUAUUCUGAAUGAUUCUAUAGAGAUUAGUAUUGUGGUUUCUCUUAUUUUCUUAUCAUAAUGAGAAUGUUAUUAAUAGUAAAAGUUGAAAUCAUUCUUUUAAAAUUUUUGUCGAUUGUAAAGGAAAAAUAAUUCUAACUUUAUUUUUUAUUUAGAAAA